GUUUCUAGCGAUGGCAUUGAAAUCCGACAGCCGUGGGUCAUGCAAGCGUGGCUCCUUUACAUAAUUUACGGGGUAUACACAAGCGAGGCAGCCCAAUUCCAGACAGCCAAACAGAUGCUGCGGCAAAUUAUUGAUGCUGUGCGCGAAAUUGGUCUAUCACAGCAGGGAAUUGCUAUGCCAGAUUCCCAGUCCUGGCUGUAUGGAGCCGAUUACAAUGUACUCGGAGAUCAAUCGCAAACCCUAUAUGCCCGCUGGACUUCCUACAUAAGCGCGGAAUCCAUGAGACUGUCGCUAUACGCUUUAGUCUUCCUGGACUCGCACACAUGCUUGCCUUGCAAUUCUCGGCCAAUAAUGUCAGGGAUGGAACUUGGCUGGGAACUUCCCUUCCCACUUAAUCUAUGGGAAGCGAAAACUUCCGAAAUAUGGCUUCGGAGGUUCAACGAGAAUUUCGGACUUUCAGCUUUCACAUUUAGCAGCGAUGUGUUAUACCAGCCGCGCGGGUUGGCGACGGCCUCCCUGGCUAUCGCCACACAGCAACUCAUGACCGAAGCACCCGACUCAGAACUUCUAGCAGCGCUGGAAGCAUCUCCAUUUGCCGCAUUCUGCCUGCUGGCGAACUUGGAUGCUUUGGUGAGGGACUUUACGCGGUGUUACUAUCAAAUGCCACCCAGCUCUUCCGAUCCGAACCCGUUUCAUAUUCUCACUCAGAAUCAGACUAAACGGAUUCAUCUGGCGAUACGGGAAAUCGCGAAGAUCGUCAAGGACCAGGCUUACACGGGAGACAGCCCUCAUUUCUUCCUAUGGAGAACCAAUGAGCUUUUUAUCUCUUCUCUCAAAAUAAGCUUAUGUCGCCCCGAUCAGCUCUUGAUCGGAGGCAUCGUGGAAAACAGCUUAAUUGCGGGCAUGGCUACUUCCACCCACUUGACACAAGGGAACCUCGUCGCGAUCCGGCGAUCAGCCCCGUCAGUGCCACAUCACGUCGGUGGUAACGAAGGAAUAUUGGCACUACUCAGUGAUCUUUCUGGGGUGCUUUCCAGUAUCUUUGGCGAGGAACAGGAGAAAAUGAUCCAUGAAGCGCCGUGGGCUACUGUCGCUAGCUACGGUGUUCUUGUAUGUAUCUGGGGAGCAUUGAAGCGCGCAAACACUGAUAUUCGCCACCAUAUGGACACCUUCAAUGAGCUCCCCAAAACCUUCGAGCCUUGCAUGCUGAUCUUCAACACACUCAUGGAGUCUGUUCUUCUCAGCUCCGGUGAGCAUGAGGGGGUGGCCCGAGAUCCUCGUUUGUGGUCGAGAGACCGAGAGGCUUUCGCCAGUCUGCUCGAUGAAAGUGAGCCAUUGUUAACCAACCUUAUCAAGACAUUCUGUAAGCAAAGAUACGUAUGGGGAAUCGGGCCUUCGAUGCUGGCUGUCUUGGAUGAGAUCCCCGGCGCUGGCUCCACCAGCGCGCUAGAAUAA